AUGUCGGCACCUGUUCAAACGCAGCCUGAGGAGCCAACGUUCGCCGCCCCCACUGGGCCUGCAGAACCCGCUGCCUCGGGUGCCUCUACCCCAAAUCCUACUUUUAGAAGUCAAGUCUCAUGGUAUCAUGCUCGAGGGCGGUCAUCCGCUUCAACACUUGAUGAAGAGAGAGUUAACCGGCGCUUUAAGAGUUCUCGUCUUAUCGGAGAGUACGAGAAGCCAUGGCUAAAAGAUUGGAAGCGAGAGGUCAAUUGGGACAGCAUCAUCUUCUAUUCAGGCUUUGCUAUUGCUCUGUGCAUCUCUGCCUUUAUCGCCUGGAACACUGUUCGAGUCAUCCCUCAUAAUGAGUACUGCCUCAUCAUGGACGACCAGUUCCAGAAGCUAGACACAGACAUCUGGAGUCACGAAGUUCAAAUGAAUGGAUUUGGUACUGGAUCCUUCGACUGGACUACCACCGACGACUCCAAUGCCUACGUCGACGAGAAAGGUCUUCACAUUGUCCCAACCCUGACCCUUGAGACAACCAAGAUUACCGAGAACCAGAUGCUGGACAAGUUUGUCGUCAACCUUACACGCGACGGGACUUGCACAUCCAUCGAUCAACGUCUCUCCAACCUCACCUACAACAAUCCUUGUUGGGCGCGUAGUAAUGCGACCAGCCGUGCCAUGAUCAAUCCAGUGCGUUCUGCGCGCCUUACAACCUCGGGCAAGAAGACCAUUAAAUAUGGCCGCAUCGAGGUUGAAGCAAAGCUCCCUUCUGGCGACUGGAUGUGGCCAGCUAUCUGGAUGAUGCCCCAAGACAACGUCUAUGGAGAGUGGCCUCGCAGCGGUGAGAUUGAUAUCAUGGAGUCUCGUGGUAACGAUGCUGAGACAUACCCCUUGGGAAACAACAUCGUGAGCUCUGCCAUGCACUGGGGAACAUUAUAUGACACAGAUGCCUUCCGACUUAGCAAGGGCGAGUGGGGCUCCAAGCGUACUAAGUAUUCAGAUAACUUCCAUACAUUCGGUCUCGAAUGGAAUGAGAAGUACCUCUUCACUUGGCUGGACGGAAGACUCCGCCAAAUUGUAUUCUUUGACUUCACUAAGAACAAGAAUAUGUGGGACUAUGGCAAGUUUGCCGGUAUCACAGUUAACAAGACUGUCCACCGAGACACUUGGAGUUGGACUGGACGCAAAAACACUCCGUUUGAUCAGCCAUUUUACCUUAUUCUUAACGUCGCUGUUGGAGGCACUAAUGGCUGGUUCCCUGACAAGCUGGGCCAGAAGCCGUGGUCGGACGAGAGCUCAGCGCCAAUGCGUGACUUUUGGGACGCUAAGGAUACCUGGCUGCCGAGCUGGGGCGAUCAGAAAGACCGCGGCAUGAUUGUCCGAUCGGUCAAAAUGUGGCAAGAAGGAGCUUGUCCAAUUAAGAAUUAG